AUGGGUGCUGGGCGCGUUGACUGGGUCGAUACGGCCAAGGGCAUCUGCAUCAUCUUCGUCGUGAUGAUGCAUUCGGUGCUGGGCGUUGAGGCCGCGGCCGGCGAAACCGGUUGGAUGCAUGUCGUCGUUGCCUUUGCGGCACCUUUCCGGAUGCCGGACUUUUUCCUGAUCUCCGGCCUGUUCCUGUCCAAUGUCAUCGCGCGUGACUGGAAACUCUAUCUUGAUCGCAAGGUCGUUCACUUCGCCUAUUUUUACGUGCUCUGGAUGACGAUUCAGUUCGCGGUCAAGGCCCCGGUCUUCAUGGGGGACAUGGGCGCCAUGGGAACUCUGGAGUUCUAUCUCCUGAGCUUUGUUCAGCCCUUCGGCACGCUCUGGUUCAUCUACAUGCUGCCGGUGUUCUUCGUGGUCUGCAAGCUGGCCCAUGACAACCGCAUUCCCUGGCAGGUGAUGCUGGCAUUCGGCGCUGUUCUUCAGGUCGCACCGAUCCAUACCGGCUGGCUUCUUGUCGAUGAAUUCGCCUCGCGUUUCGUCUAUUUCUAUGCCGGUUACAUCUUCGCACCACAGAUCUUCAGGCUUGCCGCCUGGGCGCGUGAACGCAUCGGCGUCAGCCUUGCCUAUCUGGUCGGCUGGGGCCUGGUAAACGGCGGUCUGGUUUAUUUCGGCUGGGCCCAUCUGCCGGUUAUCGCGCUUGCUCUCGGUGCGGCGGGUGCAGGUGCAAUCAUCCUGACCAGCGCACUGAUCGUAAACUCGGGCCAGCUCGGCUUCCUGCGCCAUUUCGGCGCGAAUUCCAUCGUCAUCUAUCUGGCCUUCUUCUUCCCGAUGGGCGUUACCCGCGUGAUCCUUUUGAAACUUGGAUUUCUUGACAUCGGCACCGUUUCGCUGAUCGUCACGAUCGUUGCUUCCGUCAGCCCGAUGAUCCUGUUCUGGAUGAUUCGGAAAACAAACCUCGGCUGGUUCCUGUUCAAGCGACCCGAAUGGGCCCAUCUCACCGGGACCUUUGGCAGGAAAAGACAGCCGCAGGCUGCCGAGUGA